CUCGCUCUCGUGCAUGUGCAUCGACCUCGCGUCUUCCACCCGGCGGUCGCCUUCACGCAGAGCGAGGCCUUCAUGCUCGUCUUGGAGCUCCACCCGACGUUGCCCACGAGCAUCGACUGGCCCCUCGUCUCGAGCAUCAAAGAAGAGGUGUAUAGAGGAAGCACUCAGCUGCCCAAGGCGCUCGGCGACGUCCUUCCUUGCGACUUGGUCGUGAACAACGAUCUCGUCGUCGUCCUCCCAGAGGCCAAAGCCCGCGAUGUCUUGGCGGCGUUCGUACGAGCCAUCACGAAGGACGAAGCCAUGAACAUGGAGAUUCUGGUCGCCCAUCAAGGCGGAUACCUCGGACAGAAAUUUGACGAGCGCUCGUACUGCGUGACCAACGUCGUGCAGUCGCCCAUGCAGCCCGACGCCCUUCGGUCGCUUGAUGCGGCCUUGGAGUCGACGAUGGCCUGCGUUGCGACUGAAGACCCAAGCAGCAGGAAAGUCACGCGCGUCCAGGUGAUGGCCGGGUACACGCUCUUCAACAUUCCGUGGACGUUGCAGCCGACGGUCAAGGUGUACUCGACGUGGGAAGGCAUUGAGAACGUCUCGGCGCUUGGCUGCAAGCCGCCUCCGCUCAGCGCGUCCGUCAUUUGCAUUGGCAACUUGGAGACGCUCACCGAUGCGUCGCUCAAAGACUGCUUCACGGACCCGUUCCCAGUGCACUACAAGCGCCAUCUCUUGUUCCUUGAAUGGAUCGAGCGGAGCAUUGAAGCGAACGGUGCGGCCUUGACGUUGCCUUGGCCGUCGACCGGGGCCGCCAUGGACGUGAAACAGCUCAUCUUGGAGCCCGACAGCAUUUUGCUCACAACGCUCGAUGCGGUCGAUGAUCCGUCCCACGCAUCGACGCUGCUGCGCCCCGACAUGGAUCUUCUCGAGAAAGCGUGGCACGGCCUUGCGUACACUGCGGCUUCGACAGCAUCGGUCGUCGACGUUGUCCGCGAACUGCAGUCGUGCUUCGAGCAAGGCUCGGUGUUGCCACUGAUCCACAGCCACAAUCCAAGCGAGCUCGCCGUGUAUUUGCGGCAGCUCGUGCAGCAGGCACAACAGCAACGCUAUGUUCAAGACGCGUCCGAGAGUCCGCCCGUUGCGCCACUGACGCUCGACCAGGACGAUGCAUCCUCCUUGCGGUACAUGCUCCAGGUUGGGAUCUAUAAGCUGCAGCGCGAUCUCGCACUCUGGCUGAGCCUCCAAGGCAUCGUUCUCGCCGACCUCGCAGCCUUCGUUACGUCGAGUGCACACUUCAAGAUGGCUCAAUGGCUCGUCGACGUCUGCGCGAUCGGCAAGCUCUUGGGCUUGAACGUUGCGAUGAUCCGGCAGCUGGCACAAGAGGCGCUGGCCCACGCCCACGCCGGAACGGAUCGGGCUCCGACGUUCUACGUGGUCUACGACGCAUUUCUGCCCGACCGUUUGCGCUCGCUGCUCUCGGAGCCCUUUCUUUGGAGCCUCGAGAUGCAACUCGAAGAUGGGUUCUCGCGGACUCUGCGCAUGGACGACUUGCCGGGCCACAGUGCCAACGAAGACGAUGCGCCGUUCCGCAUCUCCGCCGCGGCCGCGACCCGUCUCGCAGAUGCCAUGAACGCUCAGAGCGCCGAGGCCAAAGACAUUCUCGCACGCGGCAUCCUGUGCUUCGAGUCGACGUUGGCGCCCACCGUUCGGUUCUACGACAGUCGGCGCCGCACCGUGCGCUACCCUUUUGUUUGAAGCGGGAAAGUUCCCUUGACCUCGGACGAAAACAGUAUAGCUAUUUGGAUCCACUUUUCUACUACUAGUACAAUUGCAGUACAUUUCUCAGUGCAUAGCAC